AUGUUUCCUGUUAGACUAAACCGCGACGAUAGGAAGUCCAAAACUAAAACAAACAAAACAAACAGAAAGACCUCAACCAAGGACCCAGAGGAUUCUACCACGGCUCGUUCAUCAACUUCCCGAAGGUCCUCCAUGCCUGGACUUGAUAGAUCGGAGGUCUCGUUCCUUGAGUCGAGAUCUAGCUUACCGUAUCCUACUUUCUCGAAAGCUCACAGCAAGGAAGGCGUCCGAAAACCGAAUAUCCCUACACCGGACCCGACCGAUUUGACAAAUAACGACGGGAAGACUCAUCGCGAGAAUCACCAUGCGCCUCCUAGUCCACCCCUGACGGGUCUCGACCAAGAGUCGAGGAAGGGCAGUGUUGUGAAUGAAGAUGAGAAGGAGAUGGACAAGCACAAAAAACCAAGUAUCAAAAUCAGAGCCCAAGUCAACAGGUCAUCGUCGAGUCUGCGGUCAAAGCGGGAUGAUAGCACCAAGUCCAAGUCCAGCAAGACGUCGCGAACAGAGACGGAGACCCCCACCAAAUCCAGAAUACCCAAGGAUGAGAGUGAAGCUUCGCCUCGGCCAUCGAGCUACAAGUCCAAGACAAAGGUUUCCGAUGACAGGAAACUGCCCAAACGGUCGAGUCGCUCGACGAUGUCUGCCUCACAGUCGAACGUCACUCUCCGUGAUGUCGGCGCAGAGUCAGCCAACGGAUCCGAUGCGACCUCUAUUGCCCCCAACCAGCAGCAUUCAGUGCCACGAAAACCCAUGACCCCGCCUACAAAGCCUCCUUCUCGCACCCAGAACCGAUCGGCCAUGUCCCAUAACCGCGCUACGAGCGAUGAAUCGGUCGAUUUUGUGAAACCAGCGAAUCCGCAUUCGUUUGGUGCGCCCCCGCCGCCCCCGCCUCCGCCCGAAAUGCCUGUUACAAUCCCUCGAGUCGAUUACCUGCUGAAGAACGGUGGUCUGGAAACAAAGGUCUCGAGAGCACUGCUGGCUAGCCUCGGGCAGAAGGAUCCCUUCUCGCAAGGACAUCCUCAGUCUCGGGCUAUCGCUAGCAAAAUAUUCGAUCCAUAUAACCGUUUACUAGACGACUACCAAAAGGUCAUGAGUAAGAAUGGGUCUCUUGCUGUCGCGACAGGCUACCGGUCCGUCGCCCGCCGUUUAUUGGAUCGUCUCGAAGCCGUGUUUGCGCGCGACAUCUCAUCCGAGCCAUGUAACUGCCAGAUAUGCGACCAAGCGGAGUCAGAUGAUCAACCGGAUGGAGUGAGCUGGGGAGAAGUCUUGGAGCUUGUGUCUGGCCGCAGGGAACUUCCCAUGUGGCCUCCAUUCACGAUGGCACCAACCGCUGUGGAUACAGGUGCACCUGGCGAUGAGCACGUUCCUAUGCAGAAGCUUGACGUUGACGUUCCUGAAGAGUACCGCGACCACUUCAUACGGCAAUCUCGAAAGACAAAGGUCGCUGUCGACAAAUGGCUUUCCGAGCAGAAUGAUCCAGGCACUAGCGCACCUAAUGAGGUCGACGACGAGACUUUGACCUUCGCCAUGCUCACGCAUCUCGAAUCCCAACAGCGUUCAUUGUUCUGCUCUUUGCUUGGCAUAAAUUCUUCUACUCCUGUCCCGCGCUCCGACGACGAAAAACCCCGACCAAAACCUUCGGCGCUUAUCUCGUCGGCCUCAGCCAUCCAGCGUCUUUACCGACUACCUUCCCCCCCUCGCGACCCAGAAACUGCUAUGUACAUGUUGAAUAACCCUACUCUCCACCAUGUCCUCGCCACCCUUUCCGCCAUCAGCGAUGACGAAUGGGAGAUCCUUAUCUCCGGUCGGUUCGACGGCUUCCUCCGCAGCGGCGCAGAAGAUACAGGCCCCGCCGCAAAUGCCACCGGAUCUCGCUACGCCAGUCGCUCCAACACCCCCUUAGGAGGCGGUGUCUCCCGAGGACCAACCCCCAACUACAUGGACGGUAGCUUCCGACCCUCGAGCCAAGUAAACGGACCCACAUUCCCCGCCACAUUUGGCGGGCCGAUUGCUCUAGACGAGGAAACCGAAAUCGCCGCGUUAGCCGAAGUCGAGCGCGACAUUUUCCUCGGAAUGGAAGCCCUCGAAGACGCCUUCGAAGCCCUCCACUGUAAAGCCGAGGUUGUGCGGCGUGCAUUACGCGAACGAGGCGCCGGCCUGUCUGUCGCAAACCAAAGCCGCCGGGGCUCGUUCGUCGAAGCGCGCCUGGGAACGCCCUUCUCUGGCGUCGGCACGUGGGAAAGUGGCGGUGAAGAUGACUUCCUUGACGACGAGCGCUCUCUUGCCCCUGAUGACUCGGCGAGUAACAUCAGCUCCAACCGACGACGUCGACCCAAGAGACGCACGGAGCGACGCACGCCUGCGCCUGUUGAGGAGGAAGACGAGGAAGAGGAUGGUCUUGGCCGUCGCGAUACACGGAACUCGAGGCGGAGAUAA